GAAAAAAUUAAUAGGUUACAAAAAAAUUGGCCGAUUAAAAGCAUCUCUCUGCAGUUCACUCUCGCGCUCAUGGAGAAGUGAUGAGCAGCAUAGGUCUCCCCUAACCCUAACCCUGAUUCCGUUCUUUUAAUCGAAUGUUUCAUUGGUGAUACGAUAGGGAUGGAAGGAUCCGGCAUGAGAAGCGAAGGCACCCAUUCCUGCAUUUCUUAUUGCUCACCCAUUGCAUCGCCGGAUCUGUCUAGCUGCCACCGAUGCGGCCUCCGUUUUCCGAUCAGUGAUACUAUAGAUCGGUUUCGAAUUCUCGAUAGUCAGUGGCGCAUCGUCAUUCUCUGCUAUGAUUGCCUCGAUGGCGUCAAAUCUGCUAAGGUAUGCUCUUACUGCUUCUUGGGGAUUCCAGAGUCGGAUGAGGGGCUUCUUGGCUGUAUUGCAUGCUCUUGCCGAGUUCACCGCGCAUGCGUACCCCUGCAUCACCGCAAUCUCUGGCAUUCCCAGAUAGAUACGGAUAAUUUUAUCUGCGUUGACUGCUCCCCUGUUCGCAGAUUUCGGGGUGAAGUUAUUACCAAAUCUGGAUCCGGGACUAGAUUUAGGUUUUUGUUGGAGGAUUUAGUGGGGGAAGCGAAGUCAAUUUCUGAGAAGGUUAGUGCGGAAGGUAAGGAAAGGAAGAAUACGUUUAAUAAAGCAAUGGUGGCGAGGGGUUCUACCGAGGUCACUAAGACUGUACCGGGUGCCGUUCAUUUAGUGAAGGAGCUUUCUCACAAAAAUAAUGUCCCUGAUGAGGAAUUAGCCCUUCGAUUGCAUCGAUCCAUAAAUGGAUCACAGAGGUUUUUCAGGACCUUUCGCCUUAAAGAAGAAAAGCGGUUGAAUGUCUUAAGGAAAGUGUGACUUAGUAAUUUUUCUUUCGGUGAGUUGCUGAUUCAAAUUCUCCUGGCUAUCAUGUAAAGAUUGAUGGCUGUUCUUAGGGUUAAUCUCUUCUUGAGGUUAGAGAAGCUUCUCAACCAGUUCUGACUGGCAAUCUGUUGGAGAUGGAGGUUGGGGAUCUGUUGAAGCAAAUUAGGGGAUGUAACAGUGAAGGUCUUGAUGGCUUUUCCUUGAAGGAGAAGGAUAACUUAUUUAUGUCCCUACAUUCCACUAAUGAUUGCAGUAAUAUUGGUUCCGCAUUGUUGCUAAUAAAUACUUGAAUAAGAUUUGUUGUUGGAGGGUUCCUCUGAACUGCAGCAAAAAACCAUUGAUGCCACAGGUCUGGAUAUAGGUCUAGAUACUUGUACAAAGAAAUAUUUUGGAAGACAGUGGAGAAAUCUAGAAGAUUUAUUGUAGUCAGCUGAGCUGUUUUUUGGGUAGGCUACCUAAUCUUUAUUGCCACUGACAUGCUGAAUGCACUCUUUCGAUGUAUUUAGUGACAAUACCAUUUCAAGUGAACAGAUGCCACUGAGGACACAGGGGGUGAGCAUGUGCAGUUCAGAACAGAUGAUGUAGCUAAUGGUUUUGAAAAACAAAUAUUUUUGAGAGUCUAUUUGUACCGACAUGAGACUUGGAUCUUCCAUUUGGGUGAUUUCUAUCAUUGUUCUCAUAUUCAAGUAACAUUGCUGGAGUUAGGUUCUCAUGACCAGGAGGAUUCUGGCCUACAUAUUACAAAACCGAAGAGAAAAGUUUGCAAUUCACUGUAGCUGCGCAUAUUCUCUGAAUACUUAUUUAUAGCCAAACCAGAAGCUGCGCAGACUACUCUAUGGAAUGGAAAAAAUGCUCCCUUCUCAGAAAGAUGGUUACAGAGCGACAAGUACCACUUGUCAUGUAGAGCUGUCUAAUACCACUGAGUACGAGUUGUCAAGUACCAGUUGUCGAGUACAUGUUUUGAGUAAGACUGCUGAAAUGGUCAUUUAUGCGCCACAAUUCGAGUCCGAGUUUAUCUUUAGGCUGUAUACCUUAUGUUAUGUAAUGCUGAUUAUGUAACAUUUACGGCAGCACUUGAGACCCUAUAUUCCUUUAUAAGUAUGA